CUGCGCUGCCUAGACCGGCGAACAAUACAGUCACGAUGGCUAAAGGUGACCCGAAGAAACCAAAGCGCAAGAUGUCUGCUUAUGCCUUCUUUGUGCAGAUGUGCAGAGAGGAACAUAAGAAGAAAAAUCCCGAGGUCCCUGUCAAUUUUGCAGAAUUUUCCAAGAAGUGCUCUGAGAAGUGGAAGACAAUGUCUGGGAAGAAGUCUAAAUUUGAUGAAAUGGCGAAGGCGGACAAAGUACGCUACAAUCGGGAAAUGAAGGAUUAUGGGCCAGCGAAGGGAGACAAGAAGAAGGACCCUAAUGCUCCAAAACGGCCUCCGUCUGGAUUCUUCCUGUUCUGUUCAGAAUUCCGCGCCAAGAUCAAGUCCACAAACCCUGGCAUCUCUAUUGGAGAUGUGGCCAAAAAGCUAGGUGAGAUGUGGAACAACAUGAGUGACAAUGAAAAGCAACCUUACAACAAUAAGGCGGCAAAGCUGAAGGAGAAGUAUGAGAAGGGUGUCGCCGACUCUAAGUGUAAAGGGAAGUUUGAUGGCGCGAAGGGUCCUGCUAAAGUUGCCCGGAAAAAAGUGGAAGAGGAAGAUGAAGAGGAGGAGGAGGAAGAAGAGGAGGAGGAAUUAAAAAAACUGUUGCUCUGUCUCCUUAGAGUAGGGGAGCGCCGUAUGGGACACAUCUCUUACUUGAGAUGUGUCUUGCCCUCAUUCGGUUUAAUUACAAAAUUGGAUCAUCAUGAUAUUGUAGUUCUCUCAAAGUGCUCUAGAAAUUGUCAGUGGUUUACAUGA